GGGGGGGGCGGGGAGGCCUCGAGCUGCGCGGGGCCGCCCGCACACGCGGAGCGCAGCCUGGGCCCGGCCGCCGCCAUGGCCUUGGCCAAUUACAGCAGCCUGAACCGGGCCCAGCUCACCUUCGAGUACCUGCACACCAACUCGACCACUCAUGAAUUCCUCUUUGGUGCCCUUGCUGAGCUUGUGGAUAAUGCCAGAGAUGCAGAUGCCACAAGGAUUGACAUCUACACUGAGCCACGGAAGGAGCUGCGAGGAGGCUUCAUGCUCUGCUUCCUGGAUGAUGGAUCAGGAAUGGACCCCAAUGAAGCUGCCAGUGUCAUUCAGUUUGGGAAGUCAGCCAAGCGCUCCCCCGAGUCCACUCAGAUUGGGCAGUAUGGGAAUGGCUUGAAAUCGGGCUCCAUGAGGAUUGGGAAGGAUUUCAUCCUCUUCACCAAGAAGGAGAACACCAUCACCUGCCUGCUCCUCUCCAGAACCUUCCACGAGGAGGAAGGCAUCGAUGAGGUCAUCGUCCCCUUACCCACCUGGAGCACCCAGAGCAAGGAGCCCCUGACUGACAACAUGGAGAAGUUUGGCAUCGAGACAGAGCUCAUUUACAAGUACUCCCCUUUCAAAUCAGAGCAGGAGGUGAUGGAGCAGUUCAGCAAGAUCCGUGGUGACCAAGGCACUCUGGUGAUCAUCUUCAACCUCAAACUCAUGGACAAUGGAGAGCCAGAGCUGGAUGUGACUUCUGACCCCCGAGAUAUUCAGAUGGCAGAAACCCCCCCAGAGGGAACGAAGCCGGAGCGCCGCUCCUUCCGCGCCUACGCCGCUGUGCUCUACAUCGACCCCAGGAUGAGGAUCUUCAUCAACGGGCACAAGGUUCAAACCAAAAGGCUCUCCUGCUGCUUGUACAAGCCCAGGAUGUACAAAUACACUUCCAAACGCUUCAAGACCCGUGCGGAGCAGGAGGUGAAGAAGGCAGAGCACAUGGCCAGGAUAGCUGAGGAGAAGGCUCGGGAGGCAGAGAGCAGUGCCCGUGCCAUGGAGCUGCGCCUGGGAGGGGACCUCACUCGUGACUCCAGGGCGGCGCUGCGCCAGGCCCAGAACGCAGCCAUAACCCUGCGCCGGCAGGCCGAGGUCAAGAGGAGCAUCAAGGAGGCCAAGCAGCGGGCACUGAAGGAGCCCAAAGAGCUGAACUUCAUCUUUGGGGUGAACAUCGAGCAGCGGCAGCUGGAUGGGAUGUUCAUCUACAACUGCAGCCGCCUCAUCAAGAUGUACGAGAAGGUGGGCCCGCAGCUGGAGGGUGGCAUGGCAUGUGGUGGAGUGGUUGGUGUGGUGGAUGUGCCCUAUUUGGUUCUGGAGCCAACCCAUAAUAAACAGGACUUUGCUGAUGCCAAAGAGUAUCGACACCUGCUGAAGGCCAUGGGAGAGCAUCUGGUGCAGUACUGGAAGGAUGUUGCCAUAGCCCAGAGGAGCAUCGUCAAGUUCUGGGACGAGUUCGGGUACCUGUCUGCCAGCUGGAGCCAGCCGCCCUCGGGCGAGCUGCGCUACCGCCGGCGCCGCGCCAUGGAGAUCCCAACCACCAUCCAGUGCGAUGUGUGUCUGAAGUGGAGAACUCUCCCGUUCCAGCUGAGCUCGGUGGAGAAGAGCUACCCUGACAGCUGGGUCUGCUCCAUGAACCCUGACCCUCUGCAGGACAGGUGUGAGGCUGCAGAGCAGAAGCAGAAGGUCCCCCUGGGAACUCUGAAGAAAGAUUUGAAGUCCCAGGAGGAGAAGCAGAAGCAGCUGUCAGAGAAGAUCCGGCAGCAGCAGGAGAAGCUGGAAGCUCUGCAGAGAACCAGCCCGGUGCAGUCCCAGGCUGAGCUGAGGAAGCUGCCCCUGGAGGUGCCCCCGCGGGCAGCAGGGCAGGGCUCUCCGUCCCAGAGCCGCCCCCAGCGGCCUCGCUCUCCGCCGCUGCCUGCCGUGCUCAGGAGCGCCCCCAGCAGGCCGCCCCCGGCCCCUGCCCUGCCCAAGGCCUCUGCCCAGCCGAGCAGGAGCUCUGCGGCUCGGCCCAGCCCCAGCGCUGCCGCCGGGGCCAGCCUGGCCUGCAGGGAGGAGGCCAGCACGGCCCGGGGCCAGCAGCAGGCAGUGCCAGCUGGGCAGUGCAGCAGCACUGCAGGGCCCCCGAGCGGCGCUGGCACUGCAGGGCCCCCGAGCGGCGCUGGCACUGCAGGGCCCCCGAGCGGCGCUGGCACUGCAGCCAAGGCAGCAGCUGGGCUCCUGCAGGGCCCCAGGGGCUCCCGGGAGGCAGCCACAGCAAAAGCUGCCAAGGAGCCAGCACCGAAGAAGUCUGCCCCUGCCAAAUGCCUGCAGCCCUCGAGCACUCGGAAGAGGACCUGGACCACCACAGAGGAUGAGACUGAGGAGGAAGAGAAGUACAGGAAGGAGAAGACAAAACGAGGCAAAUUUUCAGCAAUGAAAGAAGAGAGGAAGGACUCCAACGAGGUGGUGGUGGAGCUGACAGACAGUGCUGGGGAAGAGGAGCUGGCAGAGCUGAAGAAGGCACAGAAAGACAAGGGGCUGCCGGUGGAGGUGCGAGUGAACAAGGCCUGGUUCACAGGCCGCGUCGCGGCGGUGCAGCUGGGCCGGCAGGCAGUGCGCUGGAAGGUCAAGUUCGACUACGUCCCCACCGACACCACCCCCAGGGACCGCUGGGUGGAGAAGGGCAGUGAGGACGUGAGGCUGAUGAAGCCUCCCUCCCCUGAGUAUCAGGCUCCAGACACGCAGCAGCAGGAGGAGGUGGUUGUGGCCGAACCUUCCGCCUCGGACUGUGUCAGGAUCGAGCCAGACACCACCGGGCCCAGCAGCAGCCAAGAGACUGUGGACUUGUUGGUGCAGAUCCUCCGGAACUGCUUGCGCUACUUCUUGCCGCCGAACUUCCCCAUCUCCAAGAAGGAGCUGAGUUCCAUGAGCUCAGAAGGGCUCUUGGCAUUCCCCUUGAAGGAGUACUUCAAGCAGUACGAGGUAGGGCUGCAGAACCUCUGCCACUCCUACCAGACGCGCGCCGAUGCCCGCGCCAGGGCCUGCGAGGAGAGCCUGCAGCUCUCGGAGAGGAAGCUGAAGGAGACCGAGGAGAAGCUGCAGAAGCUGAGGACAAACAUCGUGGCCCUUCUGCAGAAAGUGCAGGAGGACAUUGAUAUCAACACAGAUGAUGAGCUGGAUGCCUACAUCGAGGACUUGAUCACCAAAGGAGACUGAGCAGCCUCAGCCCAAGGCCUGGGGAAGGGCAGAGGGAGCUGUGGAGGGAGCUGUGAGCUCCUGCAGUGAAGGACUGAGGCGGCUGAGGAGGAGGAGAGGAUUUUCCCAGCACCCCUGCGUUGAUGUCCAGCUCCUCCCUGUGACUUGGUGGGGAAGAGGCCCUGGAGCUGUGGGCAGUUUUCCAGGCUGCAGCACUCUGAGAUCUCUUCCUCUUGUUUAUAAAUAUUUAUUUUUCAAAGAAGUCAGAACUGUGCCUGAUGAGGUGGCACAGGACUGCUGCCUGCUGUGGAGGGAGGGAAGUGUGAGCUACCCUCUCUGUGCACCUGGGAUCGAGUCCUCUGCUCCAUCUGGCAGAGCAGCACAUCCUGCCCAGCAGGGUGGGCUCAUGUCACAACAGCAGCUUAAUAAACCUUCAGGUAUGGAAGAAGAAGAGGUCAGGACUUAGGCUCUGAAGAGCUUGGGGCUAGGAGAAAACCCAAGUCAGGAAUCUGAGCUGUGUGGAGACCAAAACACAGCUCCUGAGCUGAGGGGAGGAGAUCUCAGUGCAGCUGAGGAGCUGGAGGUAGGGCACUGGCACCUGCCAGUGCAGUGAGCUUCCUGAAUGUGAGGUCUCUCUGCUGGAUGAAGAGGAUGGCAGAGGGCUGGGAUCAGCAGAAGGGAGAGAGCAGGAGCUGGGAUUGUUUUCUAGCAGCCACCCUCUGGCACGCUGCUGGGAGAGAAAGCUUGGAGACAAAAGCUGCCACAGCAGCAGCACUCCCUGGGCAGCUGGAAGUGACCACCCUCUGCUGCAUGCCCUCAGGCCUGGCUUGCUCUGAUCACUUUGCUCUCCCAGGUCAUGUUGUGAGAGGGCUGAAAUUUGGAGCCCUGCACUGCAUCCUGAGUCAGCAACAGGAGUUCCUUCCUCCUGUCCUGCCAGCUGCAGGCUGCACUACAGCUCCUAGCAGCCUGCUUGUGGCCAAGGUGUGAGGCUUAGGCAGCCUCACACUUCUGCUAGGAGAAAGAUAUCCGUGGCCCUGGUGCUCAGAAAAGUGAAGGCCUCUGCAGCCUGGUGCUGUGCACAGCUUCCUCGGUGGUGCCCAGCUGCAGAACAGCAGUGGGAGCUCUGGGGCUCUGCUGGCAGCUGAACGUCUGAGAGCUGUGCUGCCAGGAGGGGAAGUCCAAACAGCAGCUGCUGCACAGGAGCAUCUUCAGCACCAAUGCUCUGAGCUCCUGGAGAACUCCUAGCCCCUGGGUACCUGCCAGCUGCCCUUUCACCCAGAGACCCCUCCCCAGCAGGGAAGAGGCCCUGGGGAAAGGAGGAGGUCCAAGGAGUGAAAUAAAAGCAUUUAAUGAGACGAGACAAA